AUGGAUGCUCGCAAUGUGGCACUGGCGACCUCCCCCAUCCAGGUGGACAGCAACGGCGCCGAGGAUGGCCACGGCGCCUUCUCGGAUCAGCUUCGCCUCAUUACCCGCCGCAUGAGCCGUGCGCUGCUGCGACACCCACAAUUGAGUUCCUUUUGCGGCAAUCCGCGAGCCAUGUACGAGGCCCUACACGAAUUCUUUGCGCAGUGGUCCGCUCGUCAGCAGCGUGCGUCGUCGCUUAGCCUCACGGUGGAGCAGGCAACGAAACUGCUGCAGUACGGCGAGUCCACGAUUCGCAGAGUGGCCCUCGUGGGUUCCGCGCUCGCGCGGGCGCGAACCGCAGCGGAGCUCAUUGCCGCUGCCCCCCUCAUCUCCAUGGAGGCUCUGAAGCGGGAACUCGAUGGCUUGGGGGUGCAGGUGGGGCUGUUGCCGCUUGCGGAGAUUGUGGAACUCGCCCGCGUGAUUGACGAUGCACAAGGGCUUGCAACGCCGUUUGGUGCACUCAACCUAGUGCAUCUCGUGUCACUUAGCGCGGCCCUCUGCCCGGCGCCGGAGUUGGGGACCCUCCUCCUGAUGGUGUCCACCAGCCUCCACCACCGCCUGCUGUGUGCCGCUGUUUUCUACGAGUGGUCCCUGGUCGAUGCCCCAAACGCCCCUGCCUUGCGGGAGUUGUCGCAGCGGGUGGAGCAGGUGCCCUCUGACGACGCAGUCGGGGACGUCGUUAGGGCCCUGCUCAAGGGAAGCUUCGAGGAGCUUGGAGCUCGGCCCGCGGAUCCCGCGGUAGCAGAUGCUCCCACCGAGGUCACUGCUCCGCCGUCGGAGGCCGUCGCUUCAUCCCCUCCAAGUGCCACACCCCAACGUGGUGGGGCGACACCACCGCUUCCUGCCACACCGCACGAUGACGGCGACAGCGCCGCUGUGUCGGUCGCGGAGGAGGAGGCGUCAGCGGAGGGAGACGAUGGCGCGGUGGCCGACACUGUGGAUGUGGAGUUCUGGCGUCGGCUUUGCAGCUGA